UGUUCCUUUAAGGGGCUGGCCCGGCGGGAACGCGGGGGUUUGUCCGCAACCGCUUCCUCUCAGGCGAUUCAAGAUCCCCCAAAUCCGCCCGCUUCCUAGAACCCGGACAGCCUUGGGCUGGAGGCACUCCAGCCAUCCAAAGCCGCCUGGGGACGCCUGCCCCAGGCUCCCGUCUUGCCCCGGACACCCUGGCGCUGCAGCUGUGCCUGGCGCCAUGGGCCCGCUGCUGCUGGUCCUGCUGUACCCCCUGCCCUGCGUCUCUGGGCUGCCUUUCUACAACGGCUUCUACUACUCCAACAAUCCCAACGGCUGGAACCUGGGCAACGGCCACGGUGAAGGCAUCUUCAAUGGGGUGAAGCUGGUGGUAGAGACGCCCGAGGAGACCCUGUUCUCCCACCGAGGGGCCAACGCGACCCUGCCCUGCCGCUACCACUACGAGCCGGCCCUGCUGUCCCCGAGGCCCGUGCGCGUCAAAUGGUGGAAGCUGUCGGAGAAUGGGGCCCCAGAGCAGGACGUGCUGGUGGCCAUCGGGCGGAGGCACCGCUCCUUCGGAGACUACCGGGGCCGGGUGCGCCUGCGGCGGGACGAGGAGCGCCAAGUGUCGCUGCAGAUCCGCGACUUGCGGCUGGAGGACUCCGGGCGUUACCGCUGUGAGGUCAUUGAUGGGCUGGAGGACGAGAGCGGCCUGGUGGAGCUGGAGCUGCGGGGUGUGGUCUUUCCCUACCAGCACCCCCGCGGGCGCUACCAGCUCAGCUUCCACGAGGCGCAGCGGGCAUGUGUGGAGCAGGAUGCGGUGGUGGCCUCCUUCGAGCAGUUGUUCCGGGCCUGGGAGGAGGGCCUGGACUGGUGCAAUGCCGGCUGGCUGCAGGACGCCUCGGUGCAGUACCCCAUCACGCGGGUCCGGCAGCCCUGCGGGGGCCUGGGCCUGGCGCCUGGCGUGCGCAGCUACGGCCCGCGUCACCACCGCCUGCAUCGCUAUGACGCCUUCUGCUUCGCUCCCGCCCUCAGGGGUGUACUACCUGGAGCACCCGGAGAAGCUGACGUUGGCAGAGGCGGAGGAGGCCUGCCGGGAAGACGGCGCCCACAUUGCCAAGGUGGGCCAGCUCUUUGCUGCCUGGAAGUUCCGUGGCCUGGACCGCUGCGAUGCUGGCUGGCUGGCGGAUGGCAGUGUCCGCUACCCUGUGGUCCACCCGCGUCCCAACUGUGGGCUCCUGGAGCCCGGUGUCCGAAGCUUCGGCUUCCCAGACCCGCAGGCCCGGGAGUACGGCGUGUAUUGCUACCGUCCGCGUUAGUGCCCCGGAGUGCGCUCAUCACCAGCCCGCCCCCUCCCCUCUCGUGCUGUAUUUAUUGAAUGGUUCAUGUUCCCUUGCGGGUUGGGGCAAUUUUUGUAUUGUUUUUAUACUUCUCACGUUAAAUUUUUUUUGAAUUACUUUUUUUGGGGGGGUAAACCCAACAUUCCAAAUCCUCCCUUUGUUCAGGUGGACACCCCAAGACUCCCCCCUUUCGGGAAUCCCUCUGCCCCUCUCCUCUAGGCCAUUGGAGGUUCGGGGGCUGACAAGGGCUCUACCAUCUCUGAACGCAGCCCCUCUCCCUGCCCCAGGGAGGCUGGUGCCCCGAACGAAUAGUGACGCCUGGUGGCUGCAGCUCCCUCGGCCUGGGGCAGGGGGAGGGUAUCCCCGGGGCCCUGGAGCUGGGCAUUGUGGUCUCCUGCCUCCUCCUCAUCCUCGGAGAAGCUGCUGGCCCACAUCAGUGCGGCUGAAGAGCUGGGGCUGGAAGUAAGUCCCUAGGCUUUUGUGUGAAGUCCCAGGAAAGGGAGAAAGUUCUCUCCCCAUUUUUUCCUUCUCUCUCCAAAGAGUCUGUAUUUUGUUCUCCUUUUUCCCCUGCUCAGGGAGCGGCCCUCAGGUGUGCGUACUUUCUUUGGACAAUAAAUGAUGCUGUGACCCCCGU